AUGGACGCGCACGCCGAUGAGGAUGCAGCACCCGCCGCCCAGAAAUUCAUCUUCUCGAAGCAGGACGAGAGGAGGAUUAGGCGGCGGUGUAUAUGGGCUGCUUUCUUCUUCGACGCUGUUGCAAUAGCACUCAUCAUACCUCUUUGCGUCGGUGGUUGGGUUCACAAUGCCAAUCAGGUUGGUGGGACAGUCAACAGCGAAGACAUACAUCUCGUAACAUGGUCAGCGGUAUAUCGCCGGACCGAGAGCCAGCGCCAGAGCACUUUUGUUUUUACUUGGUUCCUGAGUAGCUGCUGCUUCAAGGAGGCAUAUGUCGACAGCAGCUAUGCGCUCGCGGGUUGCGUACACAGAACGCCCGGCAGUGCUUUCGAUCUGCAGAGUAUCAUUCAAGACGUCGAAGACAGGCUGGGGGAGCAGGACAAUGUGGAAGCCGGUCCAAUAACGGACCCAGAAGGCCGCUUCGUGGGACCAUCGCCAGCAGAGUUUGCGACAGCCGACGUUGUCACCUCGACGCGGGAUGCGCUGGCGUCCUACGGAAUUUACCUAGCAAUCAACAUGGGCACUUGGAUCUUCCAGAUCAUCUCCAAGAGGCAUCACUACGCUCUCAACGCAUCCCACUACCGCGUAAUGACGACUGCGCAAGUUCUCGCACUGUUCGCCUUGCUCGUCGCUUCAGGCAUCACAACAGCAGCAGCGCACAAAGCGAAAGCGGCCCUGGACGAAUUCGACGACGUGUUUCCGUACCAUGCGGUUGGGUCGUCAUUCGCAGCCCUGACGUGGUGCGCCUUCGUCAGCCACAUGCUUGGAUGCCUCGCCUACGUCGGGGCGGUGUUGAUCUGGCACCGACUGCAACGGCCGGAACUGUAUCCACCAGAGCCCGAGGACGAGAUUGAGCGGGCAAGGAGGGCGGGCGCGCGUGGAGAAGUGGCCGCGUAUCGUCUGCGGAGACUCGACGAACCGGCGGUCCAUCGGGAGGUUGAUCCCAAUGCUGCUGUCGAUGAUGAAUUACCGCCAUAUUCCAGAGUCGACCCUAAUGAAGGGAGAAUAGUCAGCCAGGAAGGAAGAGAGCCUGAGAUUGUGGAAGGGCCCAUUGAGUUGGCUCAUCUCAGAGGGAUUCGCAAUCCGCCCCUUCAACCGGUGGACGAGCAGGGAAAUACCCCAGCUCCGGCGUAUGAGCUUCACCAGUGGCCACCAAAUCUCAGGACGUUACGGCGCCCAGAGACCUAG